GAAUUUGUCGGCUCUGAAAACAAAGUCAAAACAUGUCAGGCCAAAGCAUAGGGUCGGCGCCAAAGAAGCCGAAAAACCCUCUCCUCUACGGCGCCGACAUAGGUUUUCCGUUCGACAACCUGCAGGGUAGCGCCAUAUUGAUGCCCAUCGCCCAUGAGGAGACGAGCGAACCAAUUCUUGAUGCAAGCAAGCCACCAGCAAACAUCCUCCUCCAGGAAUCCACACUCCCUCCCAGCCCCAUCAUUCCCUCUGCUGCAGCACCCUUGUUCUCCCUUUUCAAACAGGCGCUUGGGGCCGUGACCGAGGACCCGAAGCCACCUGAACCAGAACCAGCCAAAGAGUCGACCUCUGAGGUCCCGCUCUACGCGCCAACUGCAGCUCCUGUGCCGGUGCCACUUUUCGACCCCAAAACCUUGGAGGUCAAUGGAAAUGAACCCGGCGAAGAUGCGGUCAAUGGAAAUGAACAGCUGGUGGUGCCAAAUGUCUCCUUCUUCAAUCCCAGCCAGUUCCAGUCCAACAUUGCUGCUCUUCAGGAAGCCAGGUCGCCAUCGACUCCGUUCAACCCCUCGGAGUUCACCCAGCAGCCUCCACCUGACCUGCCAGCGCCCACCCCCAAGUCAGAUGUGGCCCACAGCCAAGAGACGUUUCAUCACGUGUUCACGACUGCUCCCAGUCAAGAGGCUGCGAGCACAACCUUGAGUACGACUACUGCAACACCUCCUGUUGAGAACACCCCAUGUCAGCGUCAGAGUGAGGCUCAUGGUGGACCACAGGAAACCCUUCCAAAGGAAGAAGCAACUGCUCCUCCUGAAGCUGAUGCUUUCCCAGACCAAAGCUAUGGUGCUGAACAGUUUCAAAGUGGUGCAGAACAGAGUCAGCAACCAUUCUACGACCCAAACUACAAUAGUUAUUAUUACGGGGGUCAGAGUCAGCAGUACUACUACCAAUAUAAUAAUUACUAUACUCCUAACACGGCACAAGAGCAGCAGUACUCCCAGUGUGCUCAAUACCAAUAUUACGGCAAUCAAAAUGAGACACCAGCAGUAGGGGCGCCUCAAUUUUAUGACCCAAGCCAGUACAACCAAGUAGGAGAGCCUACAAAAGUAGAGCCCAUUCCAGCGGAGCCUGCACCAUCAGAACCACCUGUUGCAGAUCCUGCUCCAACAGGACCUGCACCUUUGGAGCCUCCAGCUACACCUGUAGAUCAACCCUGGAGUCAGGAACAGCCCCAGCAAAUUGCUUUCUUUAAUCCAAAUCAGUUAUCGGCUGAGGAAGCCGCCAGAAGCAAUGUGGAGGAUGUUCGAGACAUUCCAUUUCCCUCUCCGCCCCCACCAGUCGAUUUCUCUGAAACACAAGAGAGUUUGGACAGUAGUUUUGACCAAAGCAGGCGAAUGACUUCAGAAUUUGAAAAUCUGAACCUUGAUUCGCAAGCAGAAUCCCCUCGGCCAGGCUCAUCUGAUUUACCACAAUCAAAUGAUCCUCCACGACAAGUAGCUGAAUCACCAUUAAAUGUUUACAGCAUUCCGCAAAACACAUCCAUUUUCAACCCUUUUCCGACUGAAAACCGUCCUCCCUCGUCAAUCCCACCUCCAGAGCCGCCGUGCACGAACUUGCCACCCGAGCCUCCUGUUGCUUCCACUCCUCUAAGUGCCUAUUUCUCGCAAAGGCAGGACUCCAGACCCUCGUCAGUGGCUUCUAACAGAUCGCAACUUGCAUCGUUCUUCGACCAAGAUGUUCCAAGUUUUAGCGCAGCUGCACCCGCCUUCUCCUCAGCGUUCAGUCAGAGUGCUGCUGAUUUUUUCAACACUCCUAAUUCAAAUACACCGCAGCAGUCGACUCCUUUGGCAGGAAAGGAGCCUGCUAUGCUUUCUAAUAUGCAAACAAAUGCAUGGCAAUCACACUCUCAGACUUUCAGCACUGGACAAUUAUUUUCACAAACUUCCAGCCCUCCACCAGUCCAACUUACUGAGCCGUUGAAAGAACUACAACAUGAAGUUCAGCCUGUAAAGCCUGAACCAGCAUUGACACCGCAAGCUGAACAGAAUUUUGGUUUCGCUCCUCCAAAGAAAGAAAUUUCCCCAGCCGCAACUCCCAAAGAUUACGCACACCCUCCACAACCAUCUCAAAUUCAGCUUUCCAAUUCUUUCAGCCAGGUUCAACCGAUUACUUCGUAUUUCCAACCCCAACCAGCAGCUUUCCCUGCACCUGACCAGGCCAAGGGGAAACAAAUUGAAACGCAACCAUCACAAGCUGCAAAUCAUUUCAGUCCCGCACCUGUCCAGGAAGAGACACGAGCAAGUCCCGGAGGUGAUGGACAGCAUUCUGCAGCAUCCCCACCAGCGGUGCAGUUCUUCAAUCCAGCUACCCAUUUUUCACCCCAAAAAGAAACAUCUCAGGCUGCUUCUUUCGCUCAGACACCUUUCUUGCAAACCUCUGUCGCAGGUAAUCAGAGCAGUCUGUCAAAAAUUUUCGUUAAUGAGCCUCAACCGCCAGCAAGCAGUCUUUUUGAGCAACAAACAAAUGCUCCUUUUCCCCCAGUUGGACCUGCCCAACGUGAAAUCCAUCAGGAGAGAAAACAGUCACUUCCGCCUCAAAUGCCAGUUGCAGCUCAACUUCAAACUGUGCCCGUGGCCCAGCCUCCACCGCCUGCAGCUGCCCAAAUGCCCCAGCCAACUGCUGCCAUCAAUGAGCCACCAUCUGCGGCUUCUCCAAACGAACCAGGAGUUCAACUUUUCAAUCCCACUCUCUUCGGUCAAUCGCAAAAGGCCUACCCGCAAGCAGAUGGAAACAAAUUCCGAAUCAAGACCGCUCUGAACAAGUACGCCUUGCCGCCCUCUCUGUCCAACAGCAUCCCAAGCUACUUUGCUCCGCCUUCGUCCUUUGGACUUCCUGCUCAGCCUCCAAACCAAUCACAUCCAUUGACAGGAGCAGUCUCUCCAGCUUACUCUCCACAAGUACAGCCUGAAAUAAUUUCUCCUCCACCUGCAACUUUUUCACCUCCAGUGACAUCGCCUGAGCAAAGCGUCCAACCACCUCCACCGCAGGUCUCCAGUUUCUUUCAACCACAGCAGCACCCCAUUCCAACCUACCCUAGUCAAGAUCCGACAAUGUGCAAGACUCCACCAAACACUCCGGCUGUUAUUUCUGGAAUGAGCAAUCCUCUGGCACAUAACAUGCGCACCAGCAAUUUCGGAGAUAUUACAGAAGAGGCCUUCAGCCAUGCUAUGAAUACAUCUGCAGCAAAAAUGUCCCCUCCUUCCCAAACUCCCUCUAUUCCUUAUACCGAUUACCAAAAUCAACCCAUGCUACCGACUGAUCCAACCCCUUUCUCAAAUUCUGCAGCUCAAACAUCGCAACAAGUAGCGUCGUACUUUUACCCUGGCCAAACUCAGAAUGUGCCACUGACUGAAGGCAGUUCUAGUGCACAACCACCCCCGCCACCAAAAACUACAAUGUCUGGAAAUUCGUACAGACUUAACUCGCGGCCCCAGUAUGCUCAGGCACCAGGCCUUGGCUCGUCAGUGUCCGCCAUCGCCUCUUUGGCAGCUUCCAUGGCGAUGAGCUCGCCAAUUCCUUCCUCAGGUACUCAACCCCACGAUGGAUUCGCACCGAUUCCUUCUAUUGCCUUCACCACAUCCCAAGCAGAUCCUGGCUUGUCGAGUACAAUGUCACUAGAUAGCAAUUCAGGAUUUUAUGAGCGUGUGUCCUACCAUUGGUUCUUCAAGAGAGUCAUCGAGAAGAAAGACAUUUGGAGUCCAUUCAGCUCAAUCGACUCCCAAGCUCUUGAAGCUGCCUUCCAGUCAGGAAAUAAGGAAAUCAUUGUGCCUACAGACGGUGGACGCUACGAUGUCAACGUCCAUGAAAGAAAGCGAGUGCCUAUUUAUUGGGACCAAACUCCAAAUGAAGUUAGGCGGUGCUCUUGGUUCUACAAAAAUCCACUUGACAGCAGGUCCUAUCCGUACGAAGAGAGCUUUGCUGACAAGCUAGAGGAGGAAUACAGGAGUGCCUUCCUAUACAAUAAGUGGCCGAGGCGAAUUGAACUUUCGUUUGGAGAGGCCAUUGUGUUUAGCGGACCAAACGUCAUGUCUCAUAUUCCGCCUACUGCCGGGAGCAUCCUGGAAGACUGGGGAACUAUUCAAGAAACUGGUGCUAAAUCUAGGAUAGUUCGCAGAGGCUGUGAUGAAUUUGAAAUUGAUGAAGGUGAGCCAGGAAAGCCGGAUCACCUCUUCUUUUUGGUGCACGGCAUUGGCUCAGUGUGUGAUUUGAAGUUCCGCACAGUCGUUGAAGUUGUUGAUGACUUCCGGAGUAUGGCCUUGUCUCUGGUUCGGUCUCAUUUCCGACAAGCAAAGCAAGAUGGGAGAGUGAAUAGAGUAGAGAUCCUACCUGUGUCUUGGCACGGAGCCCUUCAUGGAGAGGAAACUGGCAUUGACCAACAGCUGCAAAAUAUCACCCUGAAGAGUAUUCCUAAGCUUCGUCAUUUUACCAAUGACACUCUGCUCGACAUCCUCUUCUACACCAGUCCAGUUUAUUCUCAGACCAUCAUUCAAACCGUUGGCCAUGAAAUGAAUCGGCUGCAGCAGCUUUUCAUGAAAAGAAACCCUGACUUCACUGGUGGUAUUUCUCUUGGUGGUCACUCUCUUGGAUCCUUGAUUCUCUUUGACUUGUUGUGCCACCAAAUUCCUUUGAAGCCAGCACCAGUGCUCGAAACAUUGGAUUUAGAUGAAACUGGACACAACAUGCCACCGGCUUCACUUGUUCGGCGUGGUUCAUGCAGAGUCGAUUACAUGAUGGGCCACGGAACUGGACAGCCCUCGAUGCAUUAUCCUCAGCUCCACUUCAAUCCAAUUGCUUUCUUUGCUCUUGGUUCACCAGUUGGAAUGUUCGUCACCGUGAGAGGAAUCGAAAGCCUUGGCCAGGACUUUAAACUGCCAACAUGCCCGGCCAUAUUCAAUAUUUUCCAUCCGUUUGACCCAGUUGCGUACAGAAUCGAAGCUCUUGUCAACCCAGAGUUGGCGAAAUUGAGACCUGUCCUCAUUCCCCACCACAAAGGAAGAAAAAGGAUGCAUAUUGAAUUGCGUGAAACCAUGGCGAGAGUGAGCACAGACAUCAAGGAAAAACUGGUUGACUCAGUGAAGUCUACCUGGAAUACUGUCUACCAGAUGGCCAUGUUCUCCAAAGGAGAGAAUCUGGUUCAGGAAGUGGAUAAGGUUUUGGCAGAACAAAUGCUGGCCGCUGACGCAUUGAGUGAAGAGCCAGAACCAGAGCCCGAAUUUUAUUUUGACUCAACCGAUCCCGAUCCCGCUCAACUGGGCAAGCUCAACAGCGGGCGACGCAUUGAUUAUGUUUUGCAAGAGGCGCCCUUGGAAAGCUUCAACGAGUACCUGUUUGCACUCGGGAGCCACGUCUGCUAUUGGGAGUCUGAGGAUACGAUGCUGAUGAUGCUGAGGGAAACGUACAGCUUACUUGGUGCUAGUCCUGACCGCCUAAGAGAGGGCUCAGCUGUUCCAGAGUACGGCAGAGAACGCUCCUGGUCGGGAGGCUCCAAAGAGUCGAGAGGGUCUACCUCGCCUUCCAACCCGUCGUUCCUCACCCCCAGUACUUUUCCACCAGCCAAUACACCAGCGGGGCCUCCACCCACGACUGGCUUUGUUAAAAAAUAACUCUUAGCUGAUUGCAGUUACACAAUUUGUUUCCCCGCUCAACAAGUCAGAGUAUUUUUCUAUUUUGCUUAGCGAUAAUGUCUCCCAUUAAGCUAGAUUGCUGUUUUGUUUGAGUAUGGAAAGAGUUUGUGUGAGUGAAUGAAGAGCAUGCAUCCUGCAAUUUGUAAAGCUAUAUUGACCAGUUGUUGCUGUUGAUAAAUUUCACUUACUGAUGUGAUUUACUCUACUUUAUCCAAGUCGUUGCAACUUUGUUACUUGUUCUAAUUCUAAAAUAAAACAUUUAAUCAAAUUAG